AUGAAACACAAUACUCUCCUGCUGCUGCUGCUCCUUCUGGGAACAUGCUCGGCUUACAUCUAUCAAAAUGUGGCCUUGCGUGGCAAAGCAACUCAAUCACACCGCUACUACGGAGAUUUGGGUGCUUUUGGGGCUGCCUACAAUGCUAUUGAUGGAAACCAUGAAUCUACAUUCAGUGCUGGAUCAUGCACCCACACCAUUGAACAGACCAAUCCCUGGUGGAGAGUGGACCUGCUGGAGUCCUACAUCGUCACCUCCAUCAUCGUCACCAACAGAGGAGACUGCUGUGCAGACAGGAUCAACGGGGCAAAGAUUCACAUCGGCAACUCUUUACAAGAAAACGGUGUUGCAAACCCAGUGGUGAGUGUAAUUCCUCACAUCUCAGCAGGCAGGUCUUUAAAAAUAACUUUCACCAGACCUGUGGAGGGACGUUACGUGACUGUGGCUCUGUCAGGUUCAAGAAAGAUCCUGACACUCUGCGAAGUGGAAGUCUAUGGGUACCGUGCCCCCACUGGAGAGAAUCUGGCAAUCCAAGGAAAGGCCACACAGUCGUCGCUGCAUUCUACCGGUGUUGCAUAUAAUGCCAUCGAUGGGAAUCGUGCCAGCAUCUGGAACCAGGCUUCUUGUAUGCACACAGCCAAAGACUUCAACCCCUGGUGGAGGCUGGACCUGGGCAAGACCCAUAGGGUGUUUUCUGUUAACGUAACCAGCUACACAGAGGCCUACUUACGACUUGAUGGAGCUGAGAUCCGAAUUGGAGAUUCUCUUGACAACAAUGGCAACAACAAUCCCAGGUGUGCUGAGAUCUCAGGCCUCACCGGAGGCUUCACAGGAACGUUCCAGUGUCAUGGGAUGGACGGUCGCUACGUUAACAUAGUCAUUCCUGGAAAAACCGAGUACCUGAUCCUAUGCGAGGUGGAGGUUUACGGCUCCAGACUGGAUUAG